AUGACGACUAACCCCAGAAUGCAUCGUAUAUCGACCGAUCUAGCCGUGGUAAAUAGCAAGCUUGAUUUUAUUUCCAAAACUCUCAAAAUAGACAAGUUGGAGAUUUUCAUAUUGGGAUGCUACCCAUUCAUUUUACUUCUAGGACAACUGAUUGCUCUUGGGUCUCCGGAUGAGAUGGCGAAGAAUUACUUUACAACAAAACGGAACUUUUUCAACGUAAUAUUUGUCAAGAAUGGCUGGUUUUGGACCACUGUUCUAUACUUGAUGUUGAUUUAUAGCGCCUUCCAUGAUUCAACGAAAAAAGCAGACAGACAGACUCUUAUAAAAAGUACCAUUGCAUCAUUAAAGAAGUAUGCCAUUGUUACAGUCUGUUGGUAUUUUUACAGCCAGUGGUUUUUCGGUUUGCCCAUAAUGGAUCGUGUUUUUUUACUCACUGGCGGUUCCUGCUAUAAUAUUCCACAGAAUCAAGUUAAGGGAUCCAUUUCAAAUCUUCUUUCACCAAUGGGGACUACAAUGGAUAAAGUUGCGUCAUCCUUGAACAUAGAUGAUUCAAAUUCAGAAAGUAUUAAGGAGGACAUCUUACUUUGGUCAAAUUCCAUAUCUUCCAGUCAAUGCAGAAGUAUGAGAGGCCGUUGGAUUGGUGGCCAUGAUCCUUCGGGGCACGUCUAUAUUCUUACAUUGAGCUCAUCUUUUCUUUUAUCAGCACUCUUCAUAUUCUACUCGGGAAAAGAGUUAGUUGUCCGUUUCAAGAGAAUGGUUAGUCAUGUGAGAUCGAAAUGGCACCAGGGAGACUAUCUUGAUAUAUUCAAGCAUCUAGUUACAUUUGACGGGUAUUUUUUCUUACUCAUUUUAGUUGGUUUGUGGUACUGGAUGCUUCUCAUGACUUCCAUAUAUUUCCACUCUAUGCCCGAAAAGAUUAUGGGGUUGCUUUUCAGCUACUUGACAACUUUUAUAUCCGAUCUUUUUUGA